AUGGGAACGAAACAUUGCGCACAUUUGGCCGUAUUCUUGAUCAGCUUCCUGGUGGUGGAUUUUGUAAGCCCCCAGGACAGUAAGGACGUUUCAUACACAAUCUUCCGGGAGAAGUCCUUGUACUUUGGUAACUCAUUUAAGCUCAACUGGUACAAGGCGUACGAGUAUUGCCGGACGCGUGGCAUGUUUCUCGUACGGAUAAACAACGACGAGCAGCUGAACGAUGUGGUGGAAUUGGUCGAAAAGACUGGCUACACCAAAGCGAACGAUGAGCUGCAGCUGUGGACAUCUGGUAACGAUCUCGGCGAGGAGGGUAACUUUUACUACGCGUCCACCGGCGAGCGGCUAACGUACACCCGCUGGAGACACAAUGAACCGAACAACUACAAGCACGAUUACUGCACGUACGAGAACUGUGUAAUUGUGGAGUACCUCAAGUCGAUGUCGCUCAACUACACGCUAGACGAUAGGUCCUGCAACACGCAAUACUUUUUCGUGUGCGAAAGAUUGUACGAUUAA